CUCCUUCCUUCGAUCUAAUUCUAAGCUGAACCGAAUUUUUGGUACAUCCAGUUCUACCGCAUAAUUUGUGCCUCCAGGUAAGUAUAUGGUACAGCCGGCUGUACCAGAAGUAAGUGAACAUUGCACCUGCGCACUGCCCAUCUAUGAACUAGAACAAUAUGUGGGCUUUGAAUCUCCUUUUUGGGCUUGUUGUUGCUCGGUUUUAGCUCCUGGUGUCUUCUUAUAUAGCCUAGAGGUUCCUGGUGCUGCGAAAGCUGCUGGCUUGGUUCCUGCUCAAACUAGGCAAGUGUGCCCCCAAACUGUUCGACGAAAUGCCUCAUAGAAUGCCCAGGUUCAUGCACCCCUAAUUUACAGGACUCAUUUUCUAGAUUUCCAUUUUUCAGAAAUGAGCCAAAUAAGAAACAGGAAUAGGCAAU